AAAAAGGAAAAAGGAAAAGAAGAAAAACAGAACAGCCCACAUCCAAGGAUUUCCCGCAAAGGUAAAGGCAUAUGAGAAUAACGGAAACCAAAGGGGAGGGUGGGGCCGCAAAAAGAAGGGCGGGAGAUUAAUCCAAAUUGAUUACAAUCAAAACAUCAUCUUCCUCCGUGAUGCCAAAACUUCCACUAAACUCCCAAAAGCCUCCUUAAAAAACCCCCCCGUUCCCCGUCAACAGCAAAAACAAAAAGCCAGCACUCGCCAAAUAAAUAAAUAAAAGCAGCAAAGAAGAAUAAUCAGCUAACAGAUAACACACGCACAGGAAUCAAACACCGAAAACAUUAAAAUAAAAUCCACUCUCUGCUCUUCGCUUUCUCCUUUUUCAUUCUAUCUUUUUUUUUAAUAUUUUAAUUAAUAUAUACAUGGCGGAUCUGUACGGACCGGCACGGUCACCGGCCACUGAGCCAGAAGAGAUCUCUACUUUCCUCCAACAGUUCCUCGGCAACAACUCUUCUUCCCCCUCUUCUAAAUUCAUCGAUCACGCUCUCUCUACGCAGAUGGAGACUGGCUCUACCGCCGUUGAAUUGUUGGAUUGCCAACUGUUUGGACAGUCGGAGACGGAGUGCGGAGUCGGUGCUGGAAACUCCGGUGUCAAUCUCUCUGAUCCCGGUGGUUAUUAUGUUAAAGAAGGCGUGGAUAAUGCGGUCUCUUCAGGUAUUUCAAAGAGAAGGGGAGUCUCCGUGGAGGAUGAUCUAGGUGAUUUUAGCUGCGAUAGCGAGAAGGGGGCGGAGGUGCAAGCUAAUGCAGUGCGGCCGCGAAGUUCAUCGAAGAGGAGUAGAGCUGCGGAGGUUCAUAAUUUAUCUGAAAAGAGGAGGAGGAGCAGGAUCAAUGAGAAAAUGAAAGCCUUACAGAAUUUAAUUCCUAAUUCUAAUAAGACGGAUAAGGCGUCGAUGCUGGAUGAGGCCAUUGAAUACUUGAAGCAGCUUCAGCUUCAAGUGCAGAUGUUAACAAUGAGAAAUGGAUUGAGUUUGCACCCGAUGUGCUUACCAGGAGCACUACAGCCAAUGCAGCCGCCCUUGUCAGGAAUGAGCUUUGAUGAAGGAAAUGGGUUGUUAACUACAAACACAUUAACAGGCAUAUUUUCUGCAAAUGAAGAAAGCUCGGUGCAAACUGCUCUUAAUCUUCCAAGCCAGUGCACGGUCUCAAAUCAACCAAUUGCUAUUCCUUCAGGGACAAACAUUACCUCAUCAGAAACUAACUUUGGUUUUGAACCACUGAUCCAUGUCAACCAUGCACCCUUCAAUCUGUGCACGUCUUCAAAGGAAAUAUGCAGGGAAGGAACACCACAGGCACAAAUAGAGAUGGAUCAAACUGUGAAGACUUCUCCAUCCGGUGUGUCUUAGCUCUGUCUUACUCUUCAAAUACAUGAUCAAUGAAAUUGCCACCAAUAACAGUUACCGUUUGUCCAAAUACCUUAUGAGCUGCAAAUGUUCCUCAAAACUACUGACUUCUCACCCUUCACCAGGUCAUUUAUUUUGUAAUUUAUAACAGGUUAGAUACAACUAUAAGAACCGAACUCCUAGCAUCCUUUGACUUCAUUAGAAAUGUUAGCCCAAAAUCUAUUUAGUUGUUUAAUUAUUUAGGAAACCAGGACGAUUCUGUUAGAUUGGAUGAAUGUUUCCAUUGCUACUGUGUUUGAAAUCUGUAUUUGAAAGAAGGGAAUGAAGUUGAAGGAUGCUAUAUAAUCCUUACCAUUUUUGCUA